GAAAUAAUUAUGCAUAAGCAAGGAGCCGAUUCUUUCUGGAAUCGAAUCUCGGAACAAAUCAUAUCUCACAUCGUUUGUGCUUUCCAGAGAAGGCAUUGAGCAUUAAAAAUGAGGAAGAGCAAGGAGAACAUUUAAAUAUCAGUUUGUCUGAUUUCUCUAUGAUUCACCUACAGAAAUUACUCUCCACCAGUUCAAGCUGUAAAGCAUGGCAGAACCCAGGCAGCCCUCUGACAGGCCUCAGAGGAAGAUGUCUACCUCUGGUGACAGUUUAUACAAAGUGUUGGGGUUGGAAAAAGGGGCUUCAGCAGAAGACAUUAAAAGGGCCUACAGGAAACUUGCCUUGAAAUACCAUCCAGACAAGAACCCGGACAAGCCUGAAGCAGCCGAGAAGUUCAAGGAGAUCAACAACGCUAAUUCCAUCCUCAACGAUGAGACCAAGAGGAAGAUUUAUGAUGAGUAUGGUUCCAUGGGCCUCUACGUCUCUGAGCAGUUUGGAGAGGAGAGUGUCAAGUACUACUUCCUCAUGUCCAAAUGGUGGUUUAAGGCGAUGGCACUAUGUUGCACCGUCUUCUCCUGCUGUUGCUGUUGCUGCUGUUGCUGUUUCUGCUGUGGGAAGUGCAAGCCGCCCGAGGAUGAUGACAGCUACCAGUACGUGGACCCAGAGGAUCUAGAGGCACAGAUUAAAGCAGAGCAGGACGGCCCAGGCUCAGGUGCCCCAAUUGUGAUUCAGCCACAUUCCACCAUCAACACUUCAGAGACCACCCACUUUGUAGCCAACCAGCCUGUGUAUGCCACACAGCAGUGAGCCACCAACCCCCUGCCCUGCUUUCUCACUGUGGGACCUCCCUCUGCCACUGUUGGGAUACUGGGCAUCAGACUGUCACCACUGCUGGAGGACUUAAGUCGAAAUGAGUGGCUGUUCAUGGGGACCUUCUGCCAAGCUCAUGUCCACCAAUCGUCCCAGUUGUCUGUCUCUGAUGAUGUAUCCUGCUCAUCUGGAAAACUGUCUUGCAGUUUGGUAUCACUAAGCCCUUCUUCUGGAAGGAACUUGGAUUGAUUCCUUUUUUUUG